UACCUUGUGACUCCACUGUCAUGUCCUGUUCUGCGAGGAAGGAAAACACACUCACUCUACAACAGUUGAUGUGCAUCUGGAUCAUUAAAAGCAUUGGGUGAUUUUCUUCCGAACAUACUGAGGGAAGUUUACCAGCUGCGACGUCGAGCGAAGAGGUGGAGCUUUUUUCAACACGUUAUGGCUUCUCGGAAGAAGGUGCUGCUUAAAGUGAUCAUCCUGGGGGAUUCAGGAGUUGGGAAGACCUCUUUGAUGAACCAGUAUGUGAAUAAUAAGUUUAGUAAUCAAUAUAAGGCCACUAUUGGAGCUGAUUUCCUCACCAAAGAGGUGAUGGUGGAUGACAGACUGGUCACCAUGCAGAUUUGGGACACAGCUGGUCAAGAGCGAUUUCAGUCUCUGGGUGUGGCUUUCUACAGAGGGGCGGACUGUUGCGUGCUGGUCUAUGACGUCACAGCACCAACUACGUUCAAGACUCUGGAAAGCUGGAGGGAUGAGUUUCUCAUUCAGGCCAGUCCACGUGACCCAGAAAACUUCCCUUUUGUUGUGCUAGGCAACAAAAUUGACUUGGACAACCGACAGGUUACAACAAAGCGGGCUCAAGCGUGGUGUCUGAGUAAGAAUAAUAUCCCCUAUUUUGAGACCAGUGCCAAAGAAGCCAUUAACGUGGACCAGGCCUUCCAAACUAUAGCUCGCAAUGCACUUAAACAGGAGUCCGAAGUGGAGACAUAUGAUUUUCCGGACCAGAUUAAAUUAAGAGAUGACAGACCUACCUCCACUAGUGAUGGCUGCAGCUGCUAAAGGAGAGAAGAAACAUGGCAUGGAAUAGAAAGAUCUAGUUUAAAUAAAAGGAAGGAGAGAUGAAAGGAUUGAUAAGAUCCAGGCCUGUCACUCUAGCGCCCAUCCUUCCCUCUGCAGUUUUUGUUUUCUCCUUUGAAAUCUCCAGGGUAUCAAAUGCCACAUGUGAAAGCUGAACAUCAAUUUUAUUGCUGAACUUGCUGAACGUAAUGUGUGGUACGAUGAACUGUCCAGGGAACAGGAAGACCGAUGUAUUGCAAAUCCUCUGAGAUUGCAUUUAUUACAAGUCCUAUUAUCACUACAGCUGUCGAUGAAUUUCCUUGUCACUACUCCUGCUGUCCAUGUCAUUUUUAUUUUUAUUUUCUCUGAAAGGAUUCUUUUUGUCUGCUAAUUCAUUGUGACAUUUUGUCAUUAAUCUCAGCACCAAUUUAAAUCCUAUGCAGAAUGUGCAUUCUUUAAAAAAAAUAUAUAUUAAAAUAUUUAAUAGGGCUGGGCAUUAUAUUUGAUAUUAUUUUGUUGCUAAUAUAAAAUUAAUUAGCAUAGCGAUUAAUUAUUUUUUUUUAAUAUUGUGCUUUUAAUUUUGAAAAAGUUUCAGCUCAAGUGCAUAACUUUUUCUGAAUACUUUCUCCUAUCCCAGCUUAAUAUGCUGAGACAAUUAUAAGUAGCCAUUCGGAGGUGGCUUACUUAUAAAGCCAUUUUCUCAAAAACUGUAAACACUGUGUCUCUGUGGAGCUACUGUACAAAAAUUCCUCUUUGUUUUGAGCGACCCAUCCAGCCAGACACAACAACUUUAACUCAUCCAAUGGCAUGAGUUUGGGGGGACCAUGUUUGUUCUAUCAACAGCAGACGGUGACGUACUCGGUAGGCUAUUUUGAAAACAACGUUUAUUUUGCCAAUUCCGUUCGAUGGCACUAGUGGCACAGAAAUUCUUGCUCCCGCUCCUUGUGUCACUGCUUGCGAGAAUGAGAUAUUUUAAUAGCGUCUCAGUUGCAAAAUGCUGAUAGAAGUAACCAAUUCCAAUUUAGUUUGAAAGCAUUCAUUCAAAGCACUGAUUUAACAAUUCGUUCACAUUUGGGAUGGCCAUUUCGAGUAAUUUUGUAGUCAAGUACUCUUAAUACAUUAAAAGAAACGAGUAAUCGAUUACUUGAAAUGUAGAACAUUCAACCUUUGAACCUGUUUUUCUUCUCAAAAUAUUAGCGCUAUGCAUAAAAAACCUUUAGAUUAAAAAAAAAAAAAACUGACACGUAAAAACAUUCCAAGUCUUCUGAAGCGAUACAAUUUUGGGUGAACUUUUCCUUUUACAAUGUCAUGCAUCCACAGCGCUAACCAAUGCGUUGCGUUGCAACGGCAAAAUUUUGGUAAGAGAAGCACUCUCAGUGUUGCCCAUGGCAGGAAAAGGCACAAAGGAAAAUCAAAUGAAAAAAUAAGCAUAGUGUUUUUACUAGUCAAAUAUUUAAAGCUGAACAAGUACUCGAUUACUUGUGCACAUCCCUAGUUCACGUCAUCACUGAAAAAUGAUCACGGAAGUCCCUGCAUUGCAUUUUACAUGCUUUGCGAUGUUUUACAACAAAAAAAUAUUAUAGGUAAUUAUUGCUGUUUAUUACUAUAUAUUGAUAUAUUGGUGCAUAUGAAUGAAAAUUGUCAAGAAUCAUUCUUCCUUGCGUACAAUAUGUGGAAAACAUUCCUUGGUUUUUAACUACAUUUCAACCAUAUUUUACUUCUUGCUGUAAACAUGUUGAAUCUACUUGGCAGCAGUGGCCGUUUGGUUGAAAUUACUGUUCAUCUGAUUGAAAAUGAAAAAGAAUCACUGUUCAAACUAUUUCAGGGCAAAUAUGAAUAUUGAUUCAAUAUAUAAAGAAUACUGUCAAAAAGAUUAAAAUAUAACUAUAUAGCCCAGCCCUAAUAUGCCAUGAAGGACAAACAGCCUUUUUAAAGUGGAUAACAAAGUGGAUUUUUAUAACAGUGCAUUACCUUAAUUGGCCCUAAAAUGAUUGAAAUUUGGCUGUUGUAGGUCUCUGACAUAAAACAUCAAAGAAUAUAGUAUCAAUUUAAUUUGACUGUACAUGAUUGUUUUUUGUAAAAAAUGUCUUCAGAAUGUUUCUUAGUCCAACAAUACAAGUGAUGAACAUCUACAAAACAGGUACUCUUUUUUUUUUUUUUGCACAUAGUGAAUCAUUUGUUCAAUGCUUUUCCUUAGAGGUCAUGUAAGUUGCAGAACUGACAUCCAAAUAAGUUGCACAUGGUACAGAAAAAAAAACACUCAUGAUGUUACUCCACGUGUUUGAUUUGCCUUUGGACAUUUACAUGGUAUACUUGUAUUAAUUAAUAUAUAUCCGUAGCCUACCUACUGCAAACUUGCAGUAGGAAUAAUUUUAUUUUGGUCAAAUGUAAGAAUGACUUGAAAACCAAAAUAAAAGGUAAAUAAAGGAAACAUUUACAACCAA